AUGGCUGUUCCCAGCUCGGGUCUCAGUACCAGCGGCAGCUCAGCGGGCUCCGAGUUCGAGCUCGAUGCCACGCCUACAGAGCCCAUCAAUACCGCUGGAGCGGCGCAGGAAGCAGCCAAUGCUGCUGCCGAAAAUGUGAACGGCGGACCUACCCUUCGCUCGCCCUUCAUCCCGGUGACCCCGGCCCCUCCUGUGACCGUGCUGCCUUCAGCCCUGACUGCGACCGGAUUUGGUAAUGGAGAUGCAGUGCUUGAGUUGGCGGACGGGACGGCAUAUGAGGGAAUCAGCUUCGGUGCGCCAGGGAAGAGCGUCGCUGGCGAGUGUGUAUUCCAGACCGGAAUGGUUGGUUAUACGGAAAGCUUGACGGACCCGUCAUACGAGGGCCAGAUCCUUGUGCUCACUUACCCCCUCGUGGGUAACUAUGGUGUUCCAGAACGCAAGACCGCUCCCAUCCGCGAAUUACCCCUUGAGUUCGAAUCCUCCAAGAUCCAUAUCGCAGCACUGAUUGUCGCCUACUACUCGGAGGAUUUCUCGCACUGGCUUGCGAAGAGCUCCCUUGGCGAUUGGCUGAAGGAAAACGGCAUACCUGCAAUUUACGGCGUCGAUACCCGUGCUUUGACAAAGCGCAUUCGUGAGAAGGGAAGCAUGCUAUGCAAGGUGCUUGUGCGGCGCCCCGGAACGCCUGACAGACUGAGCAUGCCGUACGGUACCACCGCCACUGAUGCACUUACCGCAACCAUGCCUUCGUCACGUGUAGCAAGCAGGACGGGCAGCCCAACGAGCUCCGGCGCGUGGAAAGAAAACUACGAAGACUUGCCUUUCUCCGAUCCUAAUUCGCUCAACCUCGUCCAGAUGGUCUCGAUCACCCAGGCGCGCAUAUUCAACCCGAAGGAGGUGUCUAGCGUAGAUCCCCUCAUGCACCCCUCUGGUCGCCCCAUUCGGGUCAUCGCGGUGGACGUAGGAAUGAAGUACAAUCAGAUCCGGUGCUUCACCAGUCGGGGCAUCGAGCUCAAAGUCGUCCCUUGGGAUUAUGACUUCCUCGCCAUCUCUGAGGACGCGUACGAUGGCCUGUUCAUCUCGAACGGCCCGGGUGACCCGACCACGGUGUCGGCCACCAUUGCACGGUUACGCAGCGCGCUCUCGCAGACAGGUGACGCUUUGAAACCCAUCUUCGGUAUCUGUCUUGGUCACCAGUUGCUCGCACUCGCCGCUGGCGCAAACACCAAGAAGAUGAAAUACGGUAACCGCGGACACAAUAUCCCCUGCACGGAUGCGCAGUCUGGAAGGUGCUAUAUCACCUCUCAGAACCACGGAUUCGAAGUAGAUGCGCAUACAUUGCCAGAAGGAUGGCAGGAGUUGUUCCAGAACGCGAACGAUGGGAGCAACGAAGGUAUUUAUCAUGCUGAGAAACCGUUUUUCUCUGUCCAGUUUCAUCCGGAAUCCACACCUGGUCCGAGGGAUACCGAGUUCUUGUUUGAUGUCUUCAUCGGCAAGGUCGUGGACUAUGCGACGAAGCAGCCUCCUACUGCAGUCACCAUGCCAGGUGGAUCCAGAGUUGAGAACGAGCAUCGUGUACCUCGCGCGACGGUUAGAAAGGUUCUCAUCCUCGGCUCAGGAGGGCUGUCCAUCGGCCAGGCUGGCGAAUUUGACUAUUCCGGCUCGCAAGCGCUCAAAGCACUGAAAGAGGAGGGCAUUUAUAGCAUCCUUCUCAACCCGAACAUCGCUACCAUCGCGACGAGCAAGGGAAUGGCGGACAAGGUCUACUACCUCCCAGUCACGAGCGAGUUUGUACGCAAGGUCAUCAACUACGAGCGUCCGGACGGGAUCUACGUCACUUUUGGUGGCCAGACCGCACUCAACGUGGGCAUACAGCUCAAGGAUGAAUUCGCCAAGCUUGGGGUGCAGGUCUUGGGCACGCCUAUCGACACGAUCAUAAUGACCGAAGAUAGAGAGCUCUUUGCUAGGAGCAUGGAGCAGAUUGGUGAGCGCUGCGCCCAAUCCGCCAGUGCGACGACCGUCCCAGAGGCUGUGGCCGCUGCCACGUCGAUCGGCUAUCCCGUCAUUGUCCGUGCUGCCUUCGCGCUUGGAGGGCUCGGCUCUGGAUUUGCGAAGAAUGAGCAGGAGCUCACGGUCCUUUGCAACAAGGCUUUCGCGACCAGCCCGCAGGUGCUGGUGGAGAAGAGCAUGAAGGGCUGGAAGGAGAUCGAGUACGAGGUUGUGCGCGAUUGCCGGGAUAAUUGUAUCACUGUUUGCAACAUGGAGAACUUCGACCCUCUGGGAAUUCAUACUGGAGACUCGAUCGUGGUUGCCCCGUCUCAGACGCUGUCGGACACAGAGUAUAAUAUGUUGCGUACCACGGCGGUCAACGUAAUCCGGCACCUAGGCGUUGUUGGAGAGUGUAACAUUCAGUAUGCGUUGAAUCCCUUCUCCAAAGAGUAUUGUAUUAUCGAAGUCAACGCUCGACUGAGUCGUUCCUCCGCUCUCGCUUCAAAGGCUACUGGUUACCCUCUUGCCUUCAUCGCCGCCAAGCUGGGUCUCGGCAUCCCUCUUAACGAGAUCAAGAAUUCCGUGACCAAAGUCACGUGCGCCUGUUUCGAGCCUUCCCUCGAUUACGUUGUCGUAAAGUUCCCCCGCUGGGACCUGAAGAAGUUUACGCGAGUAAGCAAGUUGCUCAACUCGAGCAUGAAGAGCGUUGGUGAGGUUAUGAGCAUUGGGAGGACGUUCGAGGAAACGAUUCAGAAGGCCAUUCGGGCCAUUGAUGAUUCUUUUGGCGGAUUUGAUCCACAACAUCUUCAUGCCCUCCUCGAAGAUGAGCUAUCCAACCCCACGGAUAUGCGCAUGUUCGCCAUUGCUACUGCAUUCCAGGAGGGCUAUUCGGUCGACAGGAUUUGGGAACUGACCAACAUCGACAAGUGGUUCUUGCGCAAACUAGAGUCACUGUGGGGCAUGUCACAAAUGCUUACGGAAUUCACUGCUUCGACUAUUUCCCCGGGUAUGCUUCGCCAGGCUAAGAGGAUGGGCUUUUGUGAUCGUCAGCUUGCUUCCUAUCUUAGCUCGAACGAGCUCGCUAUCCGUCGCCUCCGACAGGAGUAUGAAAUUGCGCCGUUCGUGAAGCAGAUCGAUACCGUGGCUGCAGAGUUCCCCGCAUACACGAACUAUCUCUAUACGACGUACAACGCCGUAGAGCACGACGUGUCGUUUGGGGAUCGCGGUAUCAUCGUGCUAGGCUCUGGUGUUUAUCGCAUUGGCUCCUCUGUUGAAUUCGACUGGUGCGCGGUGCGCGCCAUCCGUACUCUUCGUCAACAAGGCUACAAGACGGUAAUGGUCAACUACAACCCGGAAACGGUCAGUACAGAUUACGAUGAAGCAGAUCGUCUGUACUUCGAGAAUAUUAGUCUCGAGACCGUUCUAGACAUCUAUGAUGUUGAGCACUCAUCUGGUCUCAUCCUUUCCAUGGGGGGGCAAACACCCAAUAACAUCGCCCUGCCCUUAUACCGCCAGAAUGUCACUAUUUUUGGCACUUCCCCGGAAAUGAUCGAUACUGCGGAGAAUCGCUUCAAAUUCUCUCGUUUGCUCGAUAAGAUCGGCGUGGAUCAGCCUUUGUGGAAAGAACUAACGAGCCUGCAAGAGGCGCACGAGUUCUGUGCAAAAGUGAACUAUCCAGUGCUUGUGCGCCCUUCAUACGUCCUGUCGGGUGCUGCAAUGAAUGUGGUGUACUCUGCGGACGACCUCUCGAACUUCCUUGGACAGGCUGCGGAAGUUUCAAGGGACUACCCUGUCGUCAUCUCUAAAUACAUUGAAGAGGCAAAGGAAAUUGAAAUGGACGCCAUCGCCAAGGACGGCAAGCUUGUUAUGCACUACAUCUCGGAGCAUAUCGAGAAUGCAGGUGUGCACUCCGGCGACGCUACUCUCGUAUUGCCUCCCCAGGAUCUGGACCCCGAGACUGUCCGCCGCAUCGAAGAUGCCACACAAAAGAUUGGGAAUGCUCUGAACGUGACCGGCCCAUUCAACAUUCAGUUCAUUGCAAAGAACAACGAGAUCAAAGUGAUCGAGUGUAAUCUCCGCGCCGCACGCUCGUUCCCUUUCGUCAGCAAGGUGACCGGAGUAGAUGCCGUGGAGAUGGCUACCAAGGUCAUGCUCGGCAUUCCUGUCGAAUCAUAUCCCGAUCUAAACCUUCCUCCCGAUUAUGUCGGUGUAAAGGCACCUCAGUUCAGUUUCAGCCGUCUGGCCGGCGCCGACCCUGUUUUGGGUGUCGAAAUGGCUUCUACGGGUGAAGUUGCUUGUUUCGGAGAAAACAAGUUCGAGGCCUACAUGAAAGCUUUCUUGGCGACUGGCAAUGUCAAGCCAAAAAGCAACAUCCUCAUCUCUAUUGGUGGAUACAAAGAGAAGCUCGAGAUGCUGCCAUCAGUUCAGAAGCUUCAUCGCGCCGGGUACAACCUCUUUGCUACUGCCGGAACUGCCGAUUUCUUCACUGAGCACCAUGUCCCAUGCAAGUACCUAGAGGCGCUUCCUGCUGGUGUGACAGACAAGCAGAAGCUUGAGUAUUCGUUGACUCAGCAUUUGUCCAACCGUCUCAUCGACCUAUAUAUCAACCUGCCGUCACGUAACAAGUAUCGUCGGCCAGAAGGCUAUAAUAGUCGUGGUUACAUGACCCGGCGGAUGGCUGUUGAUUUUGCAAUUCCAAUCAUUACCAAUGUCAAAGUGGCCAAACUCCUUGUAGAGGCACUCGUCCGCAAGUUGGCCUUGGAUGUGUCACCUACGGACUUCAAGACAUCCCACACAACCUUCACCUUCCCCGGCCUCAUCAAUGUAAACGCGUAUGUGCCGGACUUGCUACACCAGGACCUGGAUUCUCUCCUCCAGGCGACUAGGGCCUCUGUCAGUGGUGGCUUCACUACUAUGCACAUUAUUUCCGACGGCGGGAUUAAGGACGACCAGGCCCUGGAGCUUGCUCAACGCCAAGUUUCCGGGAAGACAUACUGUGAUUAUGCUUUGUCUGUUGUCGCCACUGCGGAUAACGUUCAUUCGGAUGACCUCAAGAUCGCUGCCAAAUCGUUGUGCCUUACCAGCGCAGAGAGCAUUGCCGUCACAGCAGCCCAUUUCACCACAUGGCCUGCUGACAAACCCAUCGUGACUGAUGCCACCACAAAUGAACUGGCCUCGAUACUGUUGCUCGCUAGCCUGAACAACAGAAGCGUGCACGUUACUAACGUCCGCACAAAAGAAGAUAUCCUCUUGAUCGCGCUGAGCAAAGGGAAGGACCUCAAGGUCACCUGUGAUGUGUCCGUGUAUUCGUUGUUUUUUACACGCGAGAAAUAUCUCCAUGCGCCCUGCCUGCCGACAUUAGCCGAUCAGCAAGCAUUAUGGGAGAACCUCGCCUUUAUUGAUGUGUUCUCAACUGGCCCGAUGCCUUAUCAGCUUGCCAAGGCCCUUGGUCACCAAUACACUCCUGGGUCCGGCUUCGAAGAAACGAUGCCCUUGCUCAUGUCUGCUGUUAUGGAUGGAAGGCUGACACUAGACGACAUCAAGAUCCGGCUACAUGACAAUCCGAUGAGGAUCUUCGAUAUUCCCGAGCAACCGUCCUCACAUGUAGAGGUUGUGGUGGAUCGUAACGCGGUCUUCACGCCCCGCCAGACGCAUUGGUCACCAUUGGAAGGUCGUAUGUUGCCUGGCACCGUUCAUCGCGUUGUCAUGCAGGGCCACACAGCGUAUUUAGACGGCAUCGUGGUUUCAACACCUAUGGGCCGGGAUGUCUCUGGCAUGAUCUCGCCCAAACGUCACACGUUGCGUGCCACCGACGCAGGCGCUGUUCCGGGUUUGACGCAUUUGUCCACUGCAACCGCUGCUACUACUGCCACACCUCAGAGCAUGGUUAGCACUGCGCCUCGUGGUCCCACCCGGCCCUUCGCUGGCUUCACAGGUCAUCCAGCCUUCAGCCGUCGUCAUAUACUCUCCGUUGGGCAAUUCUCUCAUCAGGAUGUACAUGAUCUCUUCAAUAUUGCACAUGAGAUGCGCCUGCAGGUGGAACGUAAUGGCAGCUUGGACGUCCUGCGCGGUCGGGUCUUGUGUACACUGUUUUAUGAGCCGUCGACCAGAACGUCAUCUUCGUUUGAAGCCGCCAUGAAGAGGCUUGGUGGAGAAGUUGUUCAGGUGCCUACAGAUCGUUCUUCGGUCGUUAAGGGAGAAACGUUGCCCGACACCAUCCGGACUCUAGCGUGCUAUACCGACGCCAUCGUCAUCCGCCAUCCCUCAGUUGGCAGUGCUCAGCAAGCUGCCAAGUAUUCGCCUGUACCAAUUAUCAAUGCUGGCGAUGGUAUCGGAGAACAUCCAACUCAGGCCCUGCUUGACGUAUAUACCAUUCGUUCUGAGCUCGGUACCGUCAACGGCAAGGUUGUCACGAUGAUGGGCGAUCUGAAGAACGGCAGGACUGUGCACAGCCUCGUUAAGCUCUUGGCUUAUUAUCAGGUCAAGCUCAACUUUGUCUCCCCGCCGUCACUCGGAAUGCCUUCUUCUGUCAAAAGCGAAGCACGCAAAGCGGGCAUUCCGUUUGCGGAGUACGGCACGCUAGAUGAGGUCCUCUCCCAGACCGACGUGCUCUAUGUUACUCGUGUCCAACAAGAGCGCUUCACCAAUCAGGAUGACUACAACGCCGUCAAAGACGCGUAUGUUGUUAAUCACGCAGUUCUGGCCCGUGCAAAACCAGAGAUGAUUGUUAUGCAUCCUCUUCCUCGUGUGAGCGAAAUCGACCCUGAAGUCGACUUCGACUCCAGACGAGCUGUCUAUUUCCGGCAGAUGAGAUACGGUCUCUUUAUCCGGAUGGCCCUACUGGCUAGCGUCAUGGCAUAA